AUGCCUACACUCUGUGUUGUAGAUAUCCCCACCUACAACAUAACCAGUGACAGGGCUACAGACGCCGUGGAUGUAUAUGAUGGAAUAUCCCUCACAGUGGACAUCCGGGGCUUCUACUGUUCUGCAGCUCACAACUUGACGCUGCAGGUCGGGAGUGUCACACAGCCACUGAACAUAUACUUACCCGAGGCUGUGACCGAACCAACAAACAUAAACUUCACCAUAUCCAUUAAUGUCACAGAGUCACACUUUGGGGAUAUAGAACUGAUCUUUCUUUGUAACGGCCAGCAGUUGAAUUUCCUUUAUUCUGAUAAAGCUAUGAACGUUUGUUUUCAGUGGAUGACUUCGAUGAUGACAAAUGAAAGCAGUGGACAGAUUUUGCUUCUGUUAACAUGUCUCCUAUCUGUUUCCACUGAACUCAUCUGCCCUGACACCGGUUUCAUUGACUCUUCAGCACAUAUGUCCUGCUCCGGGGGAACUACAUCACACGACUACAUCAACCCAAGCGGUCGUAAUGUUGCCCAAUGUCUACUGACUGGUGAACGGUGUGACGUAGAUCCGAACAUGUUUGUGUCUGUCCUUAACGCCACUCACACUACACUCACCAUAGGACGUGUACAUUUAUCAGAUGCGGGGACAUGGAAAUGCAAUACUGGAUCCGGAGAGGCGACUUGCCACCUGUCAGUUGCAAGUAUACCAGCAUGCCAAAUAACAAGUCCACGGGACACUAGUUCCCUGCGCAUUGGCGAGGAUCUGUUACUGAAUAUUUCAACUCCAAGAUAUUACUGCUCUGAUGCCGUCCCGCUUCUGUUAAUGAUGGGGAAGAAUGAUAUAACACUCUUCAAUGAAACCGUUAAUGAUACUACAAAGGAAUAUUUUGUCGUCAAACAACGUAUGACAGCUUCACAUUUCGGGAUUGUAAAGCUAUUCUUCGAAUGUGGAAACUUUCGUCAGGCACUUUUGUGUGAAGGUGUUCAACUACUAAGUCUUGAAUACGAUAACAGUUUUUGCAGUGACGAAACGGGCUCCAGAGCUGCGAUAGUCAUGGGGAUAUUCAUCAUUAUCAUCGUUGUCAUCGGCAUCCUCAUAUUAGUCAAGAAUCUCAGAAGCAAAAACGAUGGAUGGAAUCGAAACCAGACUGAGGACAAUGUUGUAGUCGGCCCUGGAGGAUCUGCUUCUGGUACUGAUCAACAAGGACCUGGACUCCGUAUUAAUCCAGCGUACGUCCCUACUACUGCAGAUGACAGAAUAGUCACAACAGGGACAUCCACAGAGACAGGUGUGAUGGGUGGCGAAAACCUUCAUCCUGAAACGAGAGGAGAAUAUGUUGCCCUUGAUAGAAAUGCUGUCCAACCAUCAAACAUCUAUGAACAUCUGGGAACAUAUGAAGAAAUUGGCAGCGCGUGA